UGUAGUGAGUAGUGGGCAUUUUCAUAGUAUCCAUAUUGGUAUUCGCAUGGUAUCCGUCAUAUGUAUAUGAUGGUAUUUGUGGGUAUUUGGCAGGUAUUUGGUCUGUGUAUUUGGUAUUUGUCAAAUACGUUUAAAUUUGGUAUUUGUACCAGUUUGUACAUUCUCGAUUAAGGUUAUGGCAGGUUAUGGCAUGGUUAAGUUGGUUUCUUAAAUAACAUCUUGAGAUACUUUUGGUGAAAGAUAAUGUGGAAGAUAAUAUUGUUUACUUAAAGUUGAUAAAAAUUGACGGUCGAUGUGAAAACGUAGUCGUUUAAUAGGAAAUGGAUAGCAACAAGGGCGCCAUUCCCAAAAAGUCUUUAAAAGACCUUAUAAAAGAAAAACGUCGAGCAAAGAUGACUGAAGUUGUACUGGAUAACCCUGAAAUAAGGUCUGUAGUGGAGGAUCCAUACAAACCUACAUAUGAUUAUAAAGCUUCAGAAAGACUCGCCACUGCUUAUGGAUAUGUUCCCAGUCAAAGACAUUAUUCUCCAUGGGAUAAGGAUUUCCCGGAAUGUCCUUCUAGAGCACUAAAUAUAAAUAGAGCUAUUCAACCACUCAUCGACAGAUUAGAUUUAUUACGUUAUAAUGAUAUGGUUGAAACUGAUGUAAGUGAUUUGCUAAGCUUUGUUCAUCCACCAGAUGCUGUUGACAAGAUUAAAGAAUUAUUUGCUUCUGAAAGUGAAGAUGAAGCAACAAAAUAUGACAGUAUUUAUUUUAAUGGCAUGCAUUCAUUUCAAGGUGCCAUUGAUGCUGUAAAAGCAGCAGUUUCUUUGACAAGAUUAAUAGUAGAAGAUAAAGUUCAAAAUGGUUUUGCUAAUAUCCGACCUCCAGGUCAUCAUGCUUUGCCAUGUGUCCCAAAUGGAUAUUGCACAUUUAAUAAUGUAGCUAUAGUAGCCAAAUAUCUUUUGAAAAACAAUCUAGCAGAAAAAAUUCUUAUUGUUGAUUAUGAUGUUCAUCAUGGACAAGGAACUCAAGAGAUUUUUUAUAAUUCUGACAAAGUACUUUAUUUUUCAAUUCAUCGUUAUGAACAUGGAACCUUUUGGCCCAACUUAGUGGAAAGUAAUUUUGAUCAUAUAGGACAAGAAGAAGGCAAAGGAUAUAAUAUCAAUGUCCCACUCAAUGAAACUAGACUUAAUGAUCAUGAUUACCUAGCCAUUAUUAUCAAUAUUUUAUUGCCAAUUGCAUAUGAGUUUAAUCCUGAUGUAAUAUUGGUAUCUUCUGGAUAUGACAGUUGUGUAGGAGAUGGGAAGGGCCGUAUGUGUGUGACUCCGGCGUUUUAUGGCCACUUAAUUACUCUGCUUAGUGGUCUUGCUAAUGGUAAAAUUGCUGUGUUUUUGGAGGGGGGUUACUGUCUUUCAAGCUUGGCUGAUUCUGCUCUGCGCACAGUAAGGGCCCUUCUAGGUGAUCCAUGUCAUCCUUUGCAAUACACUACCCAUAUCAAUCCUUCCGUGAUUGACUCUAUUAAUAACACUAAAAUUGCCCUACGUCCUUAUUGGAAUUGCCUUCAAAUGGAACCAUUAGUGGAGAUAAAAGAUAUACAGAAUUAUGACAGAUUCAAUUACCAUGUAGCAGUGAGACAUUUUAUUGGAGAACCAGAGAGACCUCCAUUUCCUACUAGAGGCUUCUAUCCUUUGAAUUCCUUAGGAGAAGAAGCGCUUAUAAAAAAUUACAUCACAUUUUUACAAACUGAACGCUACAACUUGAGUGAAACAGUCAUUGGUUACAUGGUGAAUGAAGAAGCUUUUCUUCAUGACCCUCCAUCAAAUCAAACAACUCAAGAAGUUCAAGACCGCAUUGAUGUAAUAAUAGACAAGCUUACAGACUUUAAUCUGAUUGGACAAAUGACAAAUCUUAAUGUACCAAUUCGCCCUGAACGACCAAUAUCUUGGAGUCUUAUUGAUCAGUACAUUAAAUCAACUCAUGGGGAGCAGUAUUUAAAGAACAUUGACAACGAUGCCCUCCCUAAAAAACCAGAUGUUUACCUAUGUUCAUCGACCAGAGAAGUAUGUCGCUGGUCAGUUGCUGUUCUUGCCUGGAUUGGGAUGAAAAUUAAAGACAAAGAAAUAUCUCAUGGAGUUGGAAUUGUUAGACCUCCGGGCCAUCAUGCCAAGAAAUCAAGUGCUGGUGGAUUCUGUUUAAUCAACAAUGUAGUUGUAGCAGCCGACUACUUGAUUAAUCAGAGUGGAUAUAAAAAAAUUUUGAUCGUCGAUUUUGAUGUUCAUCAUGGAGAUGGCACUCAGCAACUCACUUAUAACAGAAGAGACAUCAUGUACAUAUCAAUGCAUCGUUUUGACAAUGCGAAAUUUUUUCCUAAGGAUAAGUCUGGAAACUUUACCUAUCUAGGAUCAGGCCCUGGACUAGGUUUUAAUAUUAACAUUCCUUUUAGUAGUGGCAAAAUGGGAAAUGCUGAUUAUCUGUACACUUGGAUGAAGAUUGUUCUACCUGUCAGCUACUCUUAUAAUCCUGAUAUAAUUAUUGUGUCAGCCGGAUUUGAUGCCGGGAUUAAUGAUCCUUUGGGUAAUUAUAGUGUAGCGCCAGAGACUUUUGGACACAUGAUUAAUCUUCUAAAGUCAGUAGCGCCAAUGGUUUUGGCUCUAGAAGGUGGUUAUAAUUUAGAGACGACCUCUUUAGGCGUAGUUAACUGCGUUCGAGCUUUAUUGGGUCAUCCGCUGCCAAUGCCAGUUUUAAGUAAAGUAACUGAUGAAGCCAAGGCAACUAUGCAGAAUGUGAUAAAUAUAGCUAAGUACCAUUGGCCAAUAUUACAAGUUAAUAAAAGUUGCGAUCCGGUAAUACGCGAUGAACACAAGUCUGAAUAUAUUGAAGAGGAAACUCAAUAAUUGUUCAGUAUUGUUUGAAAUUUGUUCGUUUUUUAAUUGUUUUCGUUCAAUCGUUUUUGUCGUUUAUUUAGCAACUGACAAGGUACUAAAUUUAAUUACUAAUAUUAUGGUCUUUACAUUAUAAAUAUAAUGAUUACCAGUCUAAUAUAUUUAACAAGUAUUUGUUUACCUUGACAGUUGAAUUUUAUUGUUCUAACUUCCUACUAAAGCUGUGAUACUAAGCUGUCGUUUCGCUUAGGAAAGGGCUUAUUUAUAUUACUAAUACCAAAGAAAAACUUUGAGGGCAUUAACCUCAAAUCGUUCGGUUAAGGAAAGUCAUUCCAUCAUGUUUAUUUUUUAUAAAGUUUAAUAGUUUAGCAUCGUUGAUAAUUUUUGAUAAUUUAAAUAUUUCUUGUAUUUGAUUUAUAAUUUGUAUAGGGUAACAUAUGUAAAGAGCCAGAACCACGUGGAGUAUUAUACUCUAUACUAGAAUAUAUUAUCUAUGUUCUCACAGAAUCAUUCUCUGCUAUCACUUACAGAUUGUCAUGGUUUUAAGGCCUUACAUAUACCCUGCAUGUCAUUACUCUUAAUUAUUGAAACUGAGUUCAUUUAGUUAUUGUUUUAGUACUUUUGUUACCUGACUUAGUUAUUGUCGUUUUAUAAACACUUAAUUGAUAUUCUUAUUAAUUGACAAUAAUAGAUGCGUUUAUGGUACUUUUCUAUAGUUUGAAUUAUUUGGAACAAAACAUUCCAUACAUUGUAUUGUCAUAUUAUAUUUUUGAUAAAUAACAUGUUCACAAUA